AUGGUGGUGAACGCCAUGAGAGCAUGCGACAAGGUGGUAAAGGACAAGAAAAUCGUGGAGAAGAUUCUUAGAACGCUAACUCUGCAAUACGAUCAUAUUGCUGUAGCAAUUGAAGAAAGCAAAAACAUGGAAGACAUGAAAGUGGAAGAGUUGCAGAACUCGCUGGAAGCUCAUGAACAACGCCUGCUUGAAAGAAAGAAAACCGAAAAUGAAACGAGUUUGAAUCAAGCUUUACAAGCAAGAAGCAGCUUUAAACCUAGAGGACAAAGCGCUGGAAGAAGCAGAGGUCGAGCACGGGGAGGUCGAACCAGAGGUAGAAAUCUGAAUGUCUCUGAUCAGAAUGCUGAAGAGGAACACAGUGAACACAAAGAUGGAAGCAAAAGAGGCGGAAAGCAAAUGAGAGGAAGAGGAAGAAAGAAUGUUGAUAAGAGGAAUAUCCAAUUUUAUACAUGUAGCAAGAAGGAGUGGCUAAUAGAUCUGGAUUCUAGUGUUAAAAGCAGAGUGAGGUUUGCUGAUAACAAUGUAAUAAUGGCCGAAGGUGCCGGAAGGAUUAUGAUCAGAAGCAAGAACGGACAACCCGCGUACAUGAACAACGUGCUAUACGUACCAAAGAUGAAGAGCAAUCUGCUCAGUCUUGGGCAUUUACUUGAAAAAGGAUACACUAUGAACAUGCAUCAAAAGCAUAUAGAGAUAUUUGAUGAUAGAAAACGUCUUGUGCUCAAAGCUCCAUUAGCAAAGAACAAAACUUUCAAGGUGAAGCUUAGUGCUACCACUAUUCAGUGUUUAUCAUCUAUCAAUAUCGAGGAAGAAGAGUGGUUGUGGCAUUACCGUUAUGGACAUCUAAAUUUUAGAAGUCUGAGAUAG